CUUCCAAUUUUUUCCUGCGGUUUAAGCCACACGCCCCACAGCACCCACCCCUCGCCUUCUCUGCACAAAGUAGGGUUCUCCCCACCACCUCCGCCUCCAUGGCGCGCGCCGCCGCCUCCAGGCUCGCCGCCGCGGCGACCUCUUCCUCGACGCGCGAGCUGUUCGCCCGCCACCUCGCCGCCGCCGCCGCCGCCGCCUCCUCGGCGUGGGACGGCCCGUGGCGGAUGCCCAAUCCAGGGAGGGAGAGGCGGACUCCGAGCUGGUGGUUCCCGAGCAGGUCGUUCCAUGCCACAAGGAGGGUGAAUGCAAGGGAUUACUAUGAUGUGCUUGGAGUGAGCAAGGAUGCUUCUGCGCCGGAUAUAAAGAAGGCAUAUUAUGUGCUUGCAAAGAAGUUCCAUCCUGAUACUAAUAAAGAUGAUGCUGAUGCAGAAAAAAAAUUUCAAGAAGUUAAUCAUGCCUAUGAGGUUUUGAAGGAUGAUGAUAAGCGUGCAACAUAUGAUGAGCUUGGACCAGAAGCAUAUGAGCGUCAAGCAUCAGGUGGUGGCCCAGAUGGUUUCCCUGGAGGGCAGGGUUUUCCUCACGGUAACCCAUUUAGUGACAUCUUUACCGAUAUCUUUGAUAAUGCUUUCAAAGGAGGUCAAGAUGUCAAGGUUUCUGUUGAACUAUCAUUCAUGGAAGCUGUCCAAGGCUGCAGAAAAACCAUUACAUAUGAAGCUGAUUCUUUCUGUGGGACUUGCAAUGGGAGUGGUGUUCCCCCUGGAACUGUGCCUAAAACAUGUAAAGCUUGUAGAGGUGCCGGUGUGAUAUACAUGCAGAGGGGUCUAUUUACUCUUGAAUCUACUUGUUCCCAGUGCAGUGGGAGCGGUAAAAUUGUGAAGAAUUUUUGUAAGACCUGCAAAGGCGAACAGGUAGUGAAGGGGAAAAUGUCAGUCAAGCUAGACAUAAUGGCAGGAAUUGAUGAUAAUGACACCAUGAAGGUUUGUGGUAAGGGUGGUGCAGAUGUUGAGCGUAAUAAACCUGGUGACCUUUAUGUUACUAUCAAGGUCAGAGAGGAUCCUAUCUUUCGUAGAGAAGGCAACCAUGUGCAUGUUGAUGCUGUUCUAAGCAUUGCCCAGGCUGUCUUAGGUGGAACUGUCUCGGUACCAACCCUCACUGGAAAUGUUUCAGUCAAGGUUCGCCAAGGUACCCAACCAGGAGAGAAGGUAGCCCUGCGGGGCAAAGGAAUAAAAGCAAGGAAUUCCUCGAUGUUCGGUAAUCAGUAUAUACACUUCAAUAUCAGAGUUCCAACGGAGCUGACACAGCGGCAACGGGAGUUGAUAGAUGAGUUCGAUAAAGAGGAGUGCACCAACGGUCAGAGAGUUGCUGCUGCCUCCGGUUGACAUUCUUUGGCGCCGCCAUUCAUUGAUCACGACACCCAUAAGUUGAGGACCUCAAGGCUCCUCUAUACGUGCUGUAGGCACCAAAAACUAUUGUAACAUUUUUAUCCUUAUAUAGCACAUUUUUAUCCUUAUAUAGCAGCUAUCCAUUGUAUAAUGUAAAUACAUUAUACUUAACCGGUAACUCGCUGGCCUAAAUUACUGUAACCCUUUUGGUCCUUAUAUAACCGUUAUCCAUUGUGCGAUGAGCUAGGGGACACA